AGCUGUGCUGAGAAUUGUUUUUGGUCUGCGGCCGUGCCGUGAUCGAGGAUUAAAAGGCCUGCGAGGUGGCCGGCGACCAACAGGCGGCCACCGAGGGCCGUGGCAGGCCACGGACGGCGUGCGGGACAAGUCGAAGGGCUUGGAGGCGGUUUGGGACUCGCUCAGCCAGAUUCUGAUUCCCAGGGUGCGAGGCCGACAUUUCCCAAGUGCAUCAUCACGCGGGCUUGCAAGGAUAUCCGCAAAUUGAAGCAGCAGUAGCCUCCGCCAGCUGCACAUGCAGGUGCAACCUCCGACCCUGCGGCUGCUGCCCGUCGCUGAGAGCGAUUCUUUCGUUUGGAUGUCCAGCACAACAAACCCAUGCCCGCCAGCUGCACGAGAGGCUCUAUUUUGGCGACAGAUGUUUACUGCCUGGCCCUUCGAGUUGCUUCGGCUUCAAGGUGCUGAACGCUGAGGAGACGGACGUUGCUUAGCUCGAGUUCGACGUUGAGGAUUACGUAUACGCGCGAUAGUCUAUCGCCAACGUCGUCCGUGUCUCUCGACUUAGUCGGCCAACUGCUCGGAACACUGGGCUGCAUCUUUGGCGCUUGCGGCCGUGACGUUGGCCUUUUUGGCAGUGCUGCCGUCCAAUUCUCAUCCGCUGGGGCGAUUGACGGCAACCCCUUCAGCAGCGGGAACGACGGGAACGUGCAUCCUUCGCGCGAUCUCAUCCUGAAUAGCCUUCGGCAGCAUUUGCAACGCGUCAAUGUCAAGCUGGUUUCCAGCCUGGCCGACGCCGUGAAGAAGACGGAGCCGCCCAGCAUCCAGGUUACGCCACGCAACCAGGGUCCCAUCCAGAAAGUCAGACGCGAUUGAGUCUCUGUCCAAGAGCGUGAAGCAGUUUGCAAACAAGGCUCUAAACUGUGGUGACGCGGAGAGCAAGUUGGCCGUUCCCGAACCGACGCUAAGCCUAGCUAAAAAGCUGGCCAAGCCUUCGGUCGCCGAGAGGAACUCGUUCGGUGACUCCGCGCUGGCCGACCUCACUCUAUAGUCAGACCAGCGUUGGCGUUCGCUCCUUGAGCGCGUUUCCUUGUCCUCUUUCGAGAAGCAUAUCUCCGAGCUGACCAAUGCCAAGUCAGCCACUUUCACAAAUCACCGUCAGACUCGCAGGCAUGGCUCUGGCAGAGACUGGAGGAUGUGUGCUCUGUUGGCCUGCGGUCAUAAUUUAGUUGCCCGGGAACCGGCCAACGACCAUUAGGUGACUGUCGAGGACCACGGCUGACUCGCGGCCACACACAGGAAGCAGUGAGUGUGAGCAAAGAGCUGGCGCGGUGGAGCACGGAGAGAGGCCGAACGUCGAGCAAACCUUCGCGACGCGACCUCGACUCCGCCAGCAAGUACCAAUGCCUCGAGCAAGCCUCCAAGCAAGACAUGCAGCAGCUGGCCAAGCAGGUCGAAGAAGCGGAGGUGCAGUGCCGUGCGCGGACGCAGCAGGUGCAGCAGCUUGAAGCGACGCGCGCCUCCGAUAGCGACGAGCUCUGCCAGCCGGCACACUGUUCUCGCCUGACCUGGGCAUAGAGAGCGACACCGGCCGCGGCGACGAGCGCAGCCGACUCAAUCAGGAGAACUGGUAGCUCAAGCAGAAGCUUACCGAGAGCCAAUCCAUCUUGGAACGCUGCCUUGAGGCGCUCUACAAGAACCGCGACCGGCUGCGCGUAUAGGCCUCCAUGGAGAAGAAGCUGUUGCGCACGGACGAGGUGCUUCUCAAGGCCUUGCACAACCUCAAGCUGCUGCCCAGGUCGCCCCGAAUUGCUGUCGUUAAGGUGCUGGACUAUGAGAGGAUGAUGCCUAGCUUGAGUCCGCCUGCAUCCUCGGCGCUUGCGGCCGCGACGUCGGCAUUUUUGGCGUCGCUGACGUCCACUCCGAGAAGAAGAAGGAGGUGGAGCCAAGCACAGCAUGCACAAGUGCGCAUGCGUGGUUGGCAGCUGGCGUUGGCAGACACAGACUCCAGUCGUCCAGUCUGGCAGCGACAGCGACUGAAGGAUGACGUGCGCGGUGAUGUUCUACAGCCGUGAUUGAGGGGCCAAGCGGCCACUAGGCAACUAUCGAGGACCAUGGCCACA